AUUAUCGACAUUUUUUAUUAUUUAGUUUCUGAACUGAAGAGGUUUCUAUCUCCGGGACAGGAUGAAACGGUUUUAUUCUCCGCUACCUCAGAUAUUCUCAUAGUUAGAACAAACCAGGUUGAAGCUAGGACACUGUCUAGUGCAGCUGGUGAGGAAACCCUGAAAUGGAUUUCUAUCUCCGUAUCAAUUGUUAUUAUUCUCUUCGGAAUUAUCUUCUUUCUACUUCGGCUCAGACGAGGAGAGGGAGAAUAUGAGGUUACGGUUUCAAUUAACUCCGGAACCAUUGAAUCCCAGUCCUCUCUCUCUCUACCCAGAAGUUUGAAGAACGACGAGGAUGUUUACAAACAAACCAAACCAAACCCUUCCAGUAAACUUCAAACCACAGGAGGUUCAAUUAAUAGAUCUGAUGAAUCCCGACAAACCUACCGGAGGCUUGAAUGUCUGGAUCUAGCUCCGCUAGAACUUAAAAGAGAAAUGAGAAGUGUUCCGGAGCAGAACCGGAGCCAAGUUGAACCCGACCCUGAAAGUAAUUGUAUAAAGGUGAAACCUUUCAUGCGCUGCUCAAACCAUUGUUUGGAAGAACUGAAAGGAUUAACUAGAGAAGAUAUCAUCUCCAGGUCUGUGCUCCAGACUAAUCUCCAGACUGAGAAUAGAACCGGGAUGAGAAUAUGUAAUGUGAAUAUGGAGAGAGGACUUGAGGGAAGUAGUGUUCAUUCGAGUGUAGACAGAGUCGGAGAGGAGGGGAGAAAGACAAUAGGGGUUUACGACAAAAACAUUGUUGAUUUGGGUUCCUACAUAGAGCAGGACGGAGUAAAAGAAGUCCUUGAUCCAUCAGAAUACUUUAUUCCCUCCAAGUGUUCAGGAUUAGUAUAUUCUCCAAGUGAUGAGUCGAGUGAACUGAACGAACUAUUAAAGAAGGUUGAAGAAACAAUGAAACCUUACUCCGGGUGUGUACUAGUCACAGAGCAGGAGAAAUUCUUUCCAAAGAUUGAAACCAAAGAUUCUGUGAACAGUGUAUCCAGACUUUUGACAUUUCAGACCUUUAAGAGGGAAGAUAGAAAACGUGAGAAAACUUCUCUGCCUGAUAUUCUCCAACCCUACUAUGGCAGAAAUGUUAAGUGUUGAAUCUCUGCAUUUUUAUCCUUUUCAUGUAAAAUAUUCAUAAGAUGGUGUUACUUAGGAAAACAAAAUCCUUUCAAUUUCUUCUUCAACGUUUUAGAAAUUUUGUUGGAUAAAAUGUAUCAUAAACUAAAAAACCUCGAUUAAUAAAGGAACUGUGCUCGAAAAUUAAGUGAAACUCUUUAUCCUGUUUAAAAAUAAACAACUGGCGCAAAUUUCUUUAAAAAGCUUGUGGAUUUCUUCAUUACCCUCGAGCACGAAAAUGUGAUUUAUUUAAUUUCAGUACAUUUUAGAAUAUAUAGCGAUUGACUGUAAAACAUUAUUAUCAAGUUACUAAGCUUAAGUCUAAUUGUAUUUCCACCCGAAAUGUUGAACCUCGAAAAUGACUGGAAAAUAUGAAGAAAAAAAACUUAAGAAAAUUUUCAAAUCGUUGUCGCCAUAAUUACUACCAAAUAGAUUAUCAAG